CCGCUGCAGCAUCUCGGAGCGCAGAGCGCGUCUCCUGCACACAACGUGCCCAGAAAAUGUUUCUUCUCUAUAUCGGCAUGCGUCAGGGAGGAGGUGUAGCUCCAAGACUUUGUGUGGCGGCGGCAGUCACAAGGUUUGGGACUGCUGCCCGCCGCAAAAAAAAUGCAGGAGACACCGUGGAAGCACGUGUAGUGGGUGGUCCUCAGCACACGGCUUUCACGUGGCUCUAGCGAGCGGAGAGCCCGAGCGGAGCCGCCACAGCGUCAGUCCGGUGCGGCAGCAGCAGGAGACAACAUCAGCAUGGCUGUGGAGAUGGAGCCCUCGGAUGUGAUCCGCCUGAUAAUGCAGUAUCUUAAGGAGAACAACCUCUACCGAACACUGACCACCUUACAGGAGGAAACCACCGUCUCACUCAACACGGUGGAAAGUAUCGACAGUUUCAUUGCAGAUAUAAAAAGUGGCCACUGGGACUGUGUCCUGCUGGCUAUCGAGUCCCUCAAGUUGCCCGACAACACACUUAUUGACCUUUAUGAGCAGGUUGUAAUGGAGCUCAUUGAAAUGAGAGAGGUGGGUGCAGCUCGCUCACUCCUCAGACAAACUGACCCGAUGAUCAUGUUGAAGCAGACUCAGCCGGAGAGGUACAUCCACCUGGAGAACCUGCUAACAUGCUCCUACUUUGACCCCCGUGAGGCGUACCCGAAAGGCAGCAGCAAGGAGAAGCGACGCAGGGCAAUAGCUGAGGCACUGGUGAGGGAAGUCAGUGUGGUGCCUCCUUCUCGCCUCAUGGGGCUCCUGGAACAAGUUGGCUCUAUGAGACUACAGCAGUACCCGGGUCACCUCUCGCCGGACAUGCCCAUCGACACAUCUGGCAACAAGGAGAGACAUGUGGAGAAAGAGAGCUUCCCAACCCAGCUGUACCGCCACAUCAAGUUUGGGCGACGGUCACAUGUAGAGUGUGCCCGUUUCUCCCCUGAUGGAAAGUACCUAAUCACCGGAUCAGUGGAUGGGUUCAUCGAGGUCUGGAACUUCUACACUGGAAAAAUUAGUAAAGAUUUAAAGUACCAGGCCCAAGAUAGCUUCAUGAUGAUGGAUGAUGCUGUGCUGUGUAUGUGCUUCAGUCAGGACACUGAUCUACUAGCAACUGGAGCUCAGAAUGGCAAAAUAAAGGUGUGGAAGAUCCAGAGUGGCUUGUGCCUGCGCAGGUUUGAGCACGCUCACAGCAAAGGUGUGACCUGUCUGAGCUUCUCCAAGGACAACAACCAGAUCCUCAGUGCAUCCUUUGACCAGACCAUCAGAAUCCACGAACUGAGGUCAGGCAAGACACUAAAGGAGUUAAAUGGCCAUUCAUCGUUUGUAAAUGAUGUAUCUUUCACUCAAGAUGGAUUUCACAUCAUCAGUGCCUCAUCUGAUGGCACUGUCAAGAUUUGGAACACAAAGACUUGCGAAUGCAUCCACACGUUCAAAUCACUGUCCCGGACAUCAGAGAUCCCUGUCAACAAUGUGAUCCCUCUACCACAAAACCCAGAGCACUUUGUGGUUUGUAACCACUCCAACAAAGUGGUCAUCAUGAGCAUGCGUGGUCAGACUGUGAAGACCUUCAGUUCAGAUAGAAAGGAAGGAACAGACUUUGUGUGUUGCACCCUGUCACCCCAUGGGGAGUGGAUUUAUUGUGUGGGAGAGGACUUAGUGCUGUACUGCUUCAACUACACGACGGGAAGGCUGGAGAAAACGCUGACCGUCCACGAGAAAGACGUCAUUGGAAUCGCUCACCAUCCACAUGAGAAUCUGAUAGCCACAUACAGCGAGGACGGCCUCCUACGGCUAUGGAAACCUUAAACUGUCACCUGCACCGUCAUAUGGAGGACCUAAAGAGCCAUACACACGGUUUUAAAGCAAUUCAUUUAUUUCUGUUAAAUCGUACAAAAGAUCCAUUAACGAAACAGCUUACAAAUGAAUAUAUUAAUCCAUCAGUAAAUUACUAACCAGUUCACUGAUGGAGAAAACAAUCUCACCUUAAGGUCCAUUUAGUAGCUGUUUGGAGCCUUUGAUCAUAUCACAUGAUCCUCAUCACCAGAUGGAUUUGUAAAGUUAGCAUGGAAUUGUAGAUGUUAAAAUUUUCAGUUUUUUUUCUCAUGUCAACUGGGAAAACUCCAUCUGCAGACAGAUGUGAUUUGGCUAAACUUGGGGUGAGAUUGUUUCCUCAGCUGCCGUUUCCACACGAAAGAAUUAACUUUAAACCUUUGAAACUUGAGUUUUUUUGAUAUUGUUAAAUGAAUCACAGUAUUUUUUGCCAAUAAUUAAAAAAAAAAUGGCACAUAGCAGGAAAUUGGUAAAAGAAUAGAGGUGGCACAUUAAAAAGAGACAAGUUUGUAAAUCCAAAUGAAAAUUUAAAGUUUUACAUUUGGAUUUACAAACUUUUUUUCAAACUCUUUUCAGAAAAUUAAAGAAUAAGGUUGUUGAUAUUUCAUAUUUUCUUAUUGUCAAUGAAUCCCAUAAAGAAGGUCUCUGGCGCUCAAGGACUUCAGGUUGCAAAUACAUAGUUAUAUUUAUAUUUAUAAGCUAAAUAAUUUCCUAAAACAGCUGGGCACCGUAGUUUGUAAUGAAUGAUAAUUAAACGGGAGUUUAUAGUGCAUUUGUGUUAACGCCUCUGGGAUAAACUGAGACUCGCUUCAAGGUCUCAGUCCAGCACAGGUGAACAAUAGCAGGCAGGGAGCAGGCAAAAAUCCAAAAACCACGAAGCAAAGCAGGGGAGCAAUACAUGACGCAAACACAGGGAGAAAGCUGGAAAGUGAUGCACACACAAGGAGAUACAAGACAAUCUGGCAGAGAAGAAAGGGGAGCAGGUGCAGCAUAUAAACAAGAACAGCAGGGGCAGGCAAGCAGGUGGGGACCAGGUGAGGAUGAUCAAGGAGGCGGGAAACACAAGAAGGCAGGAGGGCAGAGUUGACGCGACAGAGAAGGUGAGAGCACAAAGUAAAACCAGAAACCAGACAAUAAAACAACAACAAGAUCAUACAAUUUGUUGGGGACUAUUUUCAGCUGCGGAUGAAUAAAAAUAAACAACCCAUUGUACCCAUGUUCGUAGUCAUGAAGGAACAUGUCAGCCAGUGUUGGUGUGUUGGAACUGCUUUCUGGAAAGCGUUGGAGGUGCACUACAUAGCACAGAGGAAUAAACUGUGUCAGGCCUCGGCUACACAGACAACACUUGUUAGUGGGAUCAGUUAAUUGCUUUGGUCUUGUUAUUCAAUUUAUUGACAACAAGAAAAAAUAGAAAAUAUCCUUUAAGCACAUUAUUAAACCUGUUUACAAACUUCAUUUACUUAGGUCUCAAUAAAUCUAUUUUUAAUACAUCUGUUUGCCAAUUAUCUAUAAAUCGAUUAAGCUCUUUGCUUUAUUAACUUUUGCAUCUUUGUCUAGGUCCUCCAUACUGUACACACUCUUCCUCAUGGAUCCAACUUCACCAGUGCAGUUUAAAUCCCCAUUUUCAUCUCUUCUGUCUUUAUUAGACAUGAAAAUGCAUGAUGGUGAACUGUCGUGAAAAUAUUUAUAAUAAGAACUGCCUUGUGUUUGGGCAUAAACAAACAAUAUCAGGUAAAUGAUUUGUCAGCGUUCGGUUUAUAAUGAUACUUUUGUAACUUUGACUCAAUGAUAAUGAUUCAGAUGAUGAUAAUGAUUUGUUUUAUCCUCUGUGUUCCCUGCAUGCUACCUCAGUUACACUGUCUAAAUGUGGCUCUACAAUACUUUUAGUUCUGCUUUUAAAUAUGCAUGAUGACUAAUGGUAAACCUCAACAGAGCUCCAGUGGCACAUGCUGUUUCCUGUGUGUAUAUAAUAAAUGUGUUUAACGUGGUCACAUCACUGUAAUUGGUGUCCCGAUGCAUCAGUGGGACAUGUACGCCUGCAAGAAACAGAGCUACUGCCUCGCCCAGUGUUUAUUAUUUGUACUUUCUGUCAUCUGUCACUGUACCAUAAAUGAUCUGUCACUGUUGCCAAAUAAUGUUUAGUCACCGAUCUAUUUUCUCUAGUCUUUAUCUUGUAUAUAUAACACUGCCAGCCAUGUGAAAAAUGAUUAUCAAUAAAAUUCAAAAACCUUAA